AUGGGGUUGUUUAGAUCUGAGCCCAUGCGGCUUGGCACGCUUGUUCUGCCUCAAGAGGGGGCGAGAGAUUUCAUUGUCGCUAUUGGGACGGCUGUAAAAGUGCAGAUAGAAGACAUGAAUGGGAUGAGUUUGUCUCGCGGCUAUCGACGACAGCUGCAGCGGCUGGAGGAGUUAGAGCGAAUACUUCGAUACCUUAAAGAAAAAAUAGAAGAUAUUUCGGGUGUACGCCUUGUUCAUGUUGCGCAAGACCUAGACAGAGCAGCAGAUGCUGCUGCUGCUGCUGCCGCUGCUUCCGUCUACAACGCUGCAGCAGCUGCGGACCAUGCAGAUGUCGAGGCAGCAGGCGGAGGCGCAGCAGCAGCAGCAAGUGCUGCUGCAGCAGCAGCAGCAGCAGAAAAGCCUCAAGUGUAUGUGCUAGAUCGAGUUGAAGACAUGCUUAAUAAGGUGUACAGGCAGUUCCUGCGCUUCGCACAAAAUAACCAAGACCUGCAGAGAGAGAAAAUCGCCGCAGAGGAGGAGCUGGCGGUGGUUUCCUUUGCUGCUUCGCAGUUGAGGUCUUCCCUUCGAUCCCCGUGGCGCCUCGAUCCCGGGUCAGCAGCAGCAGCAGCUGCAGCAGCAGCAGCAGCUGCUGCUGAGGACCCUAAAAUAGCAGCGACCAGCACCUGCAGCAGCAGCAACACGCUGCAGCAGCAGCAGCAGCAGCAGCAAACCAACACUCCCAGCGCAGCCACCGCAGACGCUCACGCGCGCUCCUCUUCGGCCCGUCGGAGGCGGCCGACGCAGCUGAGCAGCAGCAACAGCGGCAGCAGCAGCAGCAGCAGCUGGCAGGCGGACGUGCAGCAGCAAGAGAAGCAGCAAACCUUCCCUUAUUCAGCUUCGAGGCGGUUGUUGAGCGCGGGGGGUUUAGGGGGGCUGGAGAGCGGAGAGAUGAGCAGUUUGGUGUUUUCUUCUGUCGCUGGCAUUGUCGCUGCUAAGGAUCAGGAGCGGUUUGCUCGAGCAAUGUUUCGGUCUACACGAGGAAAUGCAUUUACACACUUCAAACGAUUAGAGGAGGAAGAACUUACAGCCUACCCCCACGGGGAAGAGCCCAAGUCGCUUUUUGUAACCUACUUCCAGGGAGCUGCGACGGGGUCUGCUUUCAUGGAGAAGGUGAAGUGCGUUUGCUCGGCAAUGGGGGCGCGUACAUACAACUGGCCGCACAGCGGAGCAGAGGCGCAGCAACGGCAGCAGCAGCUGCAGCAGCUGCUGCGAGAUAAAGCAGCAGCAGCAGCAGCAUACGAGCAGUACUUUUUGAAUGAAGUUGGGGUUUUCCUGGAGGCAGUUCCCGCAUCUAACCUUCCUUUGAUCCCUGCUGCAGCAUCAGCAGCAGCAGCAGCAGCUGCUGCUGAGGGGGAUCUGACUGCAGCAGCAGCAGCAGCAGCUGCAGCAGCAGCAGGCGUCCGCCGCAGGCCUCUUAUUACAGAGCUGCAGCGCUUUGUUGAAAGGGAACGAGCUGUAUAUACAACUCUAAACCUCUUUGCUCUCUCUGAUGCAACUCUUCAAGCAGAUUGCUGGUUCCUGGAGGCGGAGGAAGCAGCACUAAGAAAGACUCUCGCGCAGGUUGCCGCUGAAAAGAGCACAUCAGCGUUUCUUCUGGUGCAUGCAUCAGAGGGUUUGGGGCUGCGGAGCCCUCCUACGAGUUUUUCUCGCUGUUCCUUUAUGUCUUCAUUUCAGGGUUUAGUAGACACUUACGGUGUAGCCCGAUAUGGUGAAGCAAACCCUGCUUUGUUUGCUGCUGCUAUUUUUCCUUUCCUCUUCGGUCUUAUGUUUGGAGAUGUUGGGCAUGGGUUGCUGCUGCUGCUGCUCGCCGCUGCGCUCCUCUGGUGCCGCAGCAGAGGCUACGUCUUUACUGAUGAACUCCUCUGCAUGCUCGUAGAAGCGCGGUAUUUGAUCUUGUUGAUGGCUUUGCAUUCUAUCUACGCGGGGUUUAUGUACAACGAUGUCUUCAGCAUGGGUAUUAAUCUCUUCGGCUCGCGGUGGGGCCCCUCUAAGGAGGGGGGCCCCCCGGAGCCUGUUGCAGGGGGCCCCUAUCCUUUUGGCGUAGACCCUGCUUGGAAGGGGGCCUCUAAUGAACUCCUUUUCCUAAACUCUCUAAAGAUGAAGCUCGCUAUCAUCGUAGGGUUUGUGCAUAUGUUGUUGGGGUUGGCCCUCUUUAUUUUGAAUACAAUUCACUUCAAGGAUUGGAGGAGUUUGCUGCUAACGGCGGUUUUGCGUUUGGUGUUGCUGCUGUGCCUCCCUGUAAUGUUUUUGGGGAAGCCUCUGUUGGAGCUGUACGUACACCGGAGGCGGCAGCCUCCUCCAGGUUUUCAGUCUUUAAACAGCGUGGAUUCGAGUGCAAUUCAGCUACAGCAGCUGCAUCAGCAGCAGCAGCAGCAGCAGUAUCAUCAGCCUUAUCACCAUCAUCACCAGCAACAGCGGCAGCAGCAGCAGCAAUACGUGGCCUUGGCGACUAUGGGCAGCAGAGGUGAGAAGGACUCUCGUGCUGCUGCUCCCUCAGCAGCAGCAGCAGCAGUAGCAGCAGCAGGAAGUGGAGUUGCUGCAGCAGAAGAGGAGAUGGAUGUGACGGAGCUGUGGCUGCACAACAUGAUAGAAGGCAUAGAGUUCGUCUUAGGGAGCAUCAGCAACACUGCUUCUUAUUUGAGGCUCUGGGCUUUGUCUCUCGCUCAUCAACAGCUCUCUUGUAUUUUCUUCGAAAAAACUGUCGGCCUCGCCUUCCAACCAGGACUCUCCCCUUCGCAAAUGGCAUUCAAGCUUAUCUUCUUCUUCCCUGCCUUUUUAUGCAUCACCAUCUUUGUAAUGGUUGCAAUGGAGGCCCUCGAGUGCUUCCUUCAUGCCCUCAGGCUGCAAUGGGUGGAGUUUCAAAACAAGUUUUACAAAGGGGACGGAGUGCCUUUCAGGCCAUUAGAUUUGAACUGCUUGCCAGGAGACUCGACGAGCUAG